AGAAUGAGGCAAUACAGAGCGCAGGCGUUGCUGACUGUGGUGCUGGCGGCGGCGUGGUCGGCAACUGGAAUGCCACUGCCGGUGUUGGAGCAGGAGGAGAACGCCCUCAACGAAGUGUCGGAGGGCGGCCUGCUGGUGCUAGUGCCGACGCUGCCGCUGGAUGAGCACGAGCGGUCGGGACAGGACCUCAAGAGGGAGGUGGAGUAUGAUUUAAUUUCCAUCCCCGAGGACGUGCUCAGGAGGGAAAUCCGCCAGGUGGUGCAGCAGUACGGCACGCCCAGCAUAUCAUUUGGGGACAACAACAAUGGCGGCGGCUUCGUGGUACAGGCAGACACCAUCCAGGAUUUCGGAGAGGUGAUCAACCCAGUUCCCACCAGCUCCUACGACACCCCUUCCAGCUCCGGCACCCAGUCCAGCUCAGGAUUCACCAUCUCCGGCCCCACCCUGGCCCCCAAGCCCGUCACCCUUCCGACUCUCCCUCCGAAGCAGCCAGUCACCCUGCCGACCUUGCCCCCGAAGCCGGCCUUUACCCUGCCCACUUUGCCCCCGAAGCCGAACCUGAGCGCCUUGUUGGGCGGGGCCACUAGCUCCGCAGGACAGACCUUGGCCAGCGUGUCGAGCGGCGGUGCGCAGGCCGUGAGGUGGCUGGUGAACACCAAAUCGAACGGCAUCCAAACCGCGACCAGGGUAGCCAGCGACGGCUUGCAGUACGCGGGUCAGCUCAGCGCCGCCGUCCUGCGCGUCCUCUUGCAGGUGCCCGCCAUCAAGGCCCGCGUGCUCUCAGAGAUCAUCGAGGCGUCGCAGCCCCUCGUGUACGCCGUGAGUGACGUCCUCUCGGAGUCCGCCGACGACAUGGGCGACAUCCUGCAGGCCAAGACCGCCAUCGUCAGUGACACCAUGAACAUCCUUAUCAAACUCAUCCAAGACAUCCUGGCGCUGAAGGGACGCAUCAUCGCAUCCCUGGGUGGGUCCGGCCUCGACGUGGGCGCGAAGGCCUUCAACGCCGCCACGCGCAUCGGCGGGGCCUUCAUCGAGUCCGCGGGAGGCGUGGCUUCGGCUGUGGGCUCGGGCGUGGGUGACGUCGUGAGAGUGGCAACCUCCGCCAACCUCCCUGCUCCCCCCAGCCUCCCGCCUCUCGCCCUCCCGACGCUCCCCAACCUCCCCAAGAUUACUCUUCCGACCAUCGAUUUCAGCAAACUGACUCAGUCGAACUUGGCGCCCAUCCCGCUGCCCUCGAAGCCCGCAUCGGCGCCCCAGUCCGUAACGCAGCCGUCUCAGACUUACGGCUCUCCUUAGGUGAACCGACGCCUUUCACUUGCUGUACAUUCUAGUUCAUUCCAGUGCCGUUACACUCCGUGGCUUCCAGUCUUGUUCAUCUUUCGCCGAAGAUGUUCCAGGAGCUGUGAAGAGACACCUGCGGAUCUCUUUCGGGAGAGGAUGAUGGCGCAGAGUUCGUUGUCAACAAAACAGACAACAAUACUCGUCCUUAGGUGUAUAAGAUUUUGUUAGUGACGUGCCUUCCAUGUUUCCAUAAGUUAAGUUGUGUUAUUAAUUUUAGAUUAAGCUCUGACGGGUGUAUUUCACAAAGAGAACUUGGUUUAAUGGUGUAGACAGCUCAUUCUUCAUCUAUUCAUUGCCGUUAGGGUUCGGCACCAUUACAUCUUUUUGGCUUUAUUUCGAAUGCGACAGUGGAUGAUAUACCUGCCUGUUACUCAAAACUAUAUGCGUGAGUGUAUAUGUGUAUGUGUAUGUGUAUAUAUAUGUGUAUAUAU